GGGAGCUGAAACGCUUUAAAAAAGUUGGAGCUACAUACAUCAUCCUCUGUCUACUACUAAUCCUAAUAUAUUUUCUUUUUUCCUCCUCGAUCGCCCAGACCUUCGAAAAUGCCUAAAGCUGCUGGUGACGCUGCCAAGGGCGCUGGUCUCUUUAAGACCCGUUGCGCUCAGUGCCACACCGUCAAAGCAGGCGAACCCCACAAGGUCGGCCCCAACCUGCAUGGCCUUUUUGGCCGCAAGAGUGGUACCACUGAGGGGUUCUCGUUCACCGCUGCUAAUGUCAACAAAGCUGUCGUUUGGAAUGAGGAGACACUCUUUGAAUACCUUGAGAACCCCAAAAAGUACAUUCCUGGCACCAAGAUGGCGUUCGCAGGUCUCAAGAAAGACAAGGACCGUAAUGACCUCAUCGCAUGGCUGAAGGAGUCGACUGCAUAGAUGUGUUCUCCUUUGGCAGUCCUACGUUGCUCUCACCCGCAUCUACCACUAUUGUAGUAUCUCCCUGGUCAUAUUCUUAUAGACGACUAUGCUCUGACACCCCACUCACAUGGCAAUGUAUACUCUCGUUUAUGCGGAGAACUGCAAGACUUUCUGAUAACGAAACGUUCGCCUGAGGCAGCCCAUUAGUAACCUGCAUGGAUACCCUUGGCAAUCUAUUGAUUGGCCCGCAGCUGCGUUUAUGAUUGAUGUGUUGUGACCUCUCAGCAUCAGGACCUUGGCGCUGAGUACUUAAGUAUGCGAGCUUUCGAAUAUUCACAUUCUGG